AUGAGCGCGGAAUGCAGCGGAUACUAUAAUAUGGAAAAUAUCUUCGUUGCUAACUUCACGUGCCCCAAGCCCGACGGCGAUCUAGCUGCCAGUUACUGCUGCGGCUUCAAUGACAUCAAAUACUGCUGUGAUGAUCCCAACAGCUUCUUCCCUUACGCCUACAGCUACAUGUGGUGGUUAAGUAUCUGGGCUCUGGUGGGGCUUUCUAUAGCGGCAGUGGUUCUGCUGGUUUUCCUCAUCACAGUCUGUGUUUUAUGCUACCUUUUCAUCUGCAUUAAACCUCAAUCUAGACUGGACACUGGAUUAGAUCUGCAAAUACUGGGCAGCGAACAGAUUUUAGAAACUCCAAAUCCAUCCAGCGGGCCAAGCACAAUUAGGAAGCAACUUCAGAAUCGAAGAUUAGAUUGCAGCCAGUCAGAUCCCAAGGCUGAAUCCGACCGAUUAUUCCAGAGAUGUUUCAUGGCCACAGUUACAACAAUUAACAAACAGGGACCCCCAUGA